AUGGAGUGUAAAGCUAAUAGAUUGGCCCAGCUUGCCCUCCAAUUCAACUAUCCGAUUCCUCGAAAACACCGUGCCAGUGCCAAUCCAGCCUGUGUCGGUCGAGAACUACCACUUUCCGCCCACGUGUACUAUCUAGCUCUCAUGGGCAAGAUUCCUCAUGUCGGUAUCAUAGGUGCCGGGGUGUCUGGGCUUAGGUGUGCCGAUAUCCUGGGCCAGAAUGGUGCCAAAGUCACGAUUCUGGAAGCGAGAGAUCGGAUUGGAGGCAGGAUAACGCAGGCUGAAGUUGGUGGGAACUUGGUUGAUAUAGGCGCAAACUGGAUACACGGGACAGAAGGGAAUCCUGUUGAUCAAAUAAGCAGAAUAUCAGACACGACAACCUGCGAAUGGGAUGGUCGAGAGACAGUUUUUGAUUCGUCUGGUAAGUUGCUCGACGAGGCCACCACUAUAAAAAUUGCAGAAUGGAUGUGGACGACAGUCGACAAGGGUUUCGACUACAGUACCAAAUCUAAAGAUAUUAUCCCACCCGAUAUGAGUCUUUUUGACUUUUGCUGCCAGCAGCUCGAAAAGACGAAUUUCACUCCAGAAGAAAAGUUAGCGUGUCAGGAGUUUGCGAAAUUCUGGGGGGCAUACGUUGGUGAGCCUGUUGAGCGACAAAGCAUGAAAUUUUUCUGCCUAGAAGAAUGCAUAGAAGGGACGAAUUUAUUUGUGGCUUCAACAUACAAGAACAUUCUAGCACACAUCUCAAAAUUAGCCCUAAAACAUGCAGACCUUCAUUUGAACUCACCUGUGAUCAAUAUCGAGGCAUCACAACGAGAUUUUAAUAUUGACCGUCAAAUAACCGUCACAACAGCCGGUGGGCAAAAAUAUCAUUUCGACGACGUGAUUGUCACGUGUCCAUUGGGAUGGCUCAAGAAGAACAAAUCAGUCUUCAAACCGUCUUUAUCUCCUCGCCUUUCUUCUGCUAUCGAUAAUAUUUCAUACGGCAGGCUUGAAAAGAUUUAUGUCACUUUCCCACGUGCCUUUUGGCAUAUUCCCACCGAACGCAAAUCUAUGGGUGGUAUUGGAAUAUCAGUUACAAAUGGGCCGGAUAUUGUCUUUGACAGCAACGCAGAAGACUAUCCUCCAGUACACACACAAUGGCUACAACCAAACUAUGUUAAGGCUCCUUCAACGGAAGGAAGCUGGAACAUGCAGUGUGUCUCGCUUGCCGCUCUUCCCCCGAACUGCGCCCACCCAACACUCCUAUUCUACAUCUACGGUCCCUGCGCUGCCUAUGUUGUGUCGAGCAUUAAAGAUUUAGAAGAGUCGUCCCUAGAGUAUGACGAGUUUCUCGACAAUUUCGUCCGUCCGUUCUACUCACUUUUGCCUGGCUACUGCGCUUCAUCGAAUGACUGCAAACCAACUGGCUUCCUCGCAUCGAAGUGGAUUUCCGACGACUACGCCGGCAAUGGAUCAUAUGCGAAUUUCCAGGUUGGUCUUCAGGCUGGUGAUAGAGACAUUGAAACCAUGCGCAUCGGCAUGGGUCCUGAUCGCGGGAUAUGGUUUGCUGGGGAGCAUACGGCUCCUUUUGUUGGGCUUGGCACCACAACAGGUGCCUAUUGGAGUGGGGAGCGCGCGGCAGGCCAAAUAUGCGAUCUUUACAGCUUGGGUCAGUUGGGACUUGGGAUAAGGAAAGAUGACUCGCUACCAAUGGGAUCAAAUUCGGGCAUUGGGUCUGGGAACACGAUGUUUCACAAGGGAAAUAAUGCUGUUAGCCCCAGAGCAUCGACCACGGUUUUGGCGACUGCGGUUCAGAGUCAGUAG